CGAUCGUGUUGCGUAACGUGUAUAUAUGAGAGAUUAGAGGUAAAGAUUUCGUCGUAGUGUCACAAGAAUCUCUUGAGCGAACGAACGUACAAGUUACACACGAAAUUUAUUGUGCAUAAUCAUAAAACAUGCCUCGACGAUCUGCACCUUCAAGAUCGGCUAGGUCGGCUCCAGCCAGGCCAAUUUCUCAUCCUCCAGCACCUGCUCCAGCAGCUACACCCAUGAUGGCCCAACCUCAACAGCCAUCCCUCAUGGGACAAAUGGCUGCUACUGCAGGAGGUGUAGCCAUUGGUUCAGCUGUUGGUCACACCAUUGGACAUGCUGUAACUGGACUCUUCAGUGGAGGUUCUGAAACAGCCGCUGCACCUGCUGCAGCCCCAGUAGCACAACCUGCUCCAGCUGCACCUGCUGGUGGUGCUUGUGCAUGGGAGGUUAAACAAUUCUUAGACUGUGCUCAGAACCAGUCAGAUCUUACACUAUGCGAAGGUUUCAAUGAAGCUCUUCGUCAAUGCAAAGCUUCUAAUCAUUUAAUUUAAAUAAAUAUUUUUAACAAAUGGGGAUUGUAGCAUUUGAUUGAUAGCAAAAUUUAGGAAAAAAAUAUGGAAAUUAUUCAAUAGUCUUUAUGAACAAUUCUAAUAUCUGUUAAAACAAAAUUCUGUUAAGUAUUACCUGCAUGUAUUACAGAUAUGUUAUGAUCAGUACGUGUAUCAAAUUGGAAUAAAUUAAUUUCUGUGUA